AUGAAAACAAAUGUACAAGUCAAAGAUGAACCUGUUGAAUUACAAGUUAAUGAAUUACUUCGUUUAUAUGGUUAUAAUUUAACAAAUCAAUCAUCAAUAAAAACAUCUCGAACAAAAUCAAUUGUUAAUCAAGAACAAGAACCAUCAACAUGUGCUUGGUGUCAAAAAUUAGGUAUACGUUCAUUUACAUUACGUACUGAUAAUGAUGAUUCGAAAACAUUAUGUAGUGAAGUAUGUUUUAAUCAAUAUCGUCGUGCAUCAUUUAAAAAGAAUAAAGGUUCUGAAUCUGAUAUUGAUCAUAAUACAUUACCAAUUAUAUCAACAAUAAAAAAUAAAAUAGAAUUCAAUAAUAAUAAUAAUAAUAAGUCUUUCGAUAAGAAAAAUGGAACUAAUAAUAAAUAUGAGCAUCAAUUAAAUGAUACAAAUCGACGAAAAUUAUUAUUACCACUUCGUCGUCCAACACCAACAAUAUCAAAAACAAAAACGAAUAGUAUUACUCGAAAAUUAUCAUCAUCAUCUCCAUUAUCAAAACGUCAUCGAUCAUCUUCUUCUUCAUCAUCAUCAAUUUCUCCUUCAAAUGGAAAAGUUCAUCGUAUUGAUCAAACAACAACAACAACAUCAACAUCAUUAGUUCCUUCUAAACUACCUGUUAGUCUUACUUGGCAACCUUCACUUGUUUUACCAUCGAAUAUUUCUUGGCCACCUCCAGUCGAUAUCAACCGUUUUCAAUAUCCAUUUUUUGCUCCUCCUCCUCCUCCCCCUCCUCCUGCUCCUUUACUACCACCUCCACCACCACCGCUACCAUUACCUAUCACAUCAUCAUCAUCAUCAUCAUCGUCAUCAAAUUUAUUUACAACAUUAACAAAAGGAACAUUAUCAAAUUUUACUUGUAUUCUACCAACCUUUAUCCCAUUACCUAUUCCAAUACCAAUUCCACUUUGUUUUCCUAUACAACUACCUCAUACAAAAUGUUCAAUUAAAGUCAAUAAUCAACAAUGUCAAACAUUAUUUGAAGAUAAUAUACAUCAAAAAUUAAUACGAAGACUAUCGAUUUAA